GAGCAGAUACAUGACAAAGUAUACAACAAGUUCAACGGGAUCGACCUACCAGCGGUCAGAGAUGCCACGCAGCUUCUGGAUGGAAUUAGGAGCGAUGAACUUGACGAGACCAAGAUCCUCCCUCUGCUCGAUAUCGGCGAUUUCGCCAUUGCAGAGGUCUCAAUCCAGCACAUCCUCGACUACGUUUACUAUAAGGAC